UCAGGUAAAUAAGGCUAAAAGCACUUUUGCUCUGUUUUCUCUUCCCAGUCUGCUUCUCCAAGCUGAAAGAUGAAGCUGUCAGCACCAGAAAUUUCCACAUUCACAGUGAUUUUCGUAGUGUUUAUGGCAGUCUCAUCACUUUCAACUGAACCCAAAUGUGAAUUCAAGGCUAUCUUUAACUUCGGCGACUCAAACUCCGACACCGGCGGCUUCUGGGCAGCUUUUCCGGCACCGUCUCCACCCAAUGGCAUGACCUUCUUCAAGAAGCCCUCUGGACGGGCUUGUGAUGGGAGGCUUAUUCUUGAUUUUUUAGCUCAAGCUCUAGGGCUGCCAUUUAUAAGCCCAUAUCUGCAGUCAAUUGGGUCUGAUUAUAGACAUGGAGCCAACUAUGCAACAUUGGCAUCCACUGUGCUCCUGCCAAACACUUCCUUAUUUGUCACUGGCAUCAGCCCAUUUUCCCUGGCCAUUCAGCUCAACCAAAUGAAGCAAUUCAAGGUUCUAGUUGAAGAACAUCACUUCUCAGGAUCAAGUUAUCUUCCUCAACCUGACAUUUUCGCGAAAUCCCUCUACACGUUCUAUAUUGGUCAGAAUGAUUUCACUUCCAACUUGGCUGCCAUUGGCAUAGAUGGAGUCAAGCAGUAUCUUCCUCAAGUCAUCUCCCAAAUUGCAGGCACCAUCAAGGAGCUAUACGAGCUAGGCGGCCACACGUUUCUGGUUCUUAAUCUUGCACCAGUAGGUUGUUAUCCAGCACUUCUGGUGCAGCUGAAACACAACAGUUCAGACAUCGAUGAAUUCGGGUGUCUAGUCUCUUACAACAGGGCAGUGGUGGACUAUAACAAUAUGCUGAAGGAGGCACUGAGCCAAACCAGAAAGCUUCUCCCAGAUGCCUCUGUCAUAUAUGUGAACACUCAUGAUGUGCUGCUAGAGCUCUUCCAACAUCCCACACUUCAUGGUCUCAAGUAUAGCACCAAAGCAUGCUGUGGACAUGGCGGUGGUGCCUACAACUUUGACCCGAAAAUUUUCUGUGGAAGGAAACAGGUGGUGAAUGGUAGGAAUGUCACAGCAGAAGCUUGCAGUGAUCCUCAGAGCUAUGUGAGCUGGGAUGGGGUGCAUUCAACAGAAGCUGCAAAUAAGAUUGUGACAGAGGCCAUUCUCAAGGGCAAUUAUUUUGAUCCUCCUUUCCCAAUCAGUAAGCUCUGUGACCUUCAACCUAUAGGUUGAUUUCUUAAUGGAGACUCAUUAUGGUGGGGAUUAUUACUCUUAGAUACAUUAUUCAGAUAACUAGAAUUCCAAUAACUAUAAGGGAGACUCUCAUCAGAGGUAAUAAAUUAGACCUUCUUGUCAUGAAUCUAGAA